AUGGCAGAGGUGAAGCAGGACGAAGAUGUCAGAUCGCAGAAGCGAGACCGGUCAGAGUUCGAGGGGGAGGAUAGCUCAUCCGACGAUGAUAUGGGCCCGCAGCUACCAUCUGCAGCUGCUCCCAAGAAGAAGCGCCGCGUCCUCCCCUACGAGAAGCUCUACGUGUCCGCCCUGCCCAAAUCAAUCCGCUACUCGAAGUCCCUGAUGCACAAGGAGCAGCUCUCCUUCGUGACCAUGACUCCCAAUACCGACUUCCUGAUCACAUCCUCCGUGGAUGGCGUUGUCAAGUUCUGGAAGAAGGUUGCCCAAGGCAUCGAGUUCGUCAAGGAGUUCAAGUCCCAUCAGGGCGAGAUCCGGUCUGUCUCGUGCAGCGCGGACGGGCGGAGUUUCGCGACGGCUGGAGACGACAAAACCAUCAAAAUAUUCGACGUUAUCACGUUCGACCUCCUGGCCAUGCUGCCGUUGGACUACACACCAAACUGCGUUUGCUGGGUGCACAGAAAGGGUGCGAGUCUACCCCUGCUUGCUGUCUCGGAUGCUGAAAAGCCCGUCAUCCAUGUGUAUGAUGGCAGGGGAGAGAAACAGGAGCCGAUACAUACAGUGAAAGGUCUUCACAGGACUCCGGUGAGCCUGAUGGCGUUCAACGAUGCCUACGACUGCGUGGUAUCGACAGAUCAGGGCGGCAUGGUGGAAUAUUGGACACCGGGUGGCUCUUACGAGAAGCCGGAUAAUGUUUUCCAGUACAAGAGCUCGACGAACCUGUUCGAUUUCAAGAAAGCAAAGUCUGUUCCGACGUCCCUCACGAUAUCACCAUCUGGCCAUCAGUUUGUGACUUGGUCGAUGCCGGACCGCAAAAUCAGGAUAUUCGAAUUCGCCACGGCCAAGCUGUAUAGGACGUACGAUGAGUCUCUGCAAGUUAUUGAGGAGAUGCAGCAAGCCGGCACGGCUCUUCAAAAGCUAGACGCAGUCGAGUUUGGAAGACGGCUGGCUAUCGAGCGGGAAGUUGAAUCACCAGCCUACCGCAAUAAGGCCACCGUAGUGUAUGACGAGUCCGGCCACUUCAUCAUCUACGGUUCUAUCGCGGGAAUCAAGGUGCUCAAUACCUACACCAACCAGGUGGUCAAAGUGUUCGGCAAAGAUGAGCAACUCCGGGCAUUGAAUCUUGCCAUUUACCAGGGCGCGCCGCAGAAGAAGGGUGUCACUACCGUUGCUAUGGCUGCGUCGAGCAAUCCACUAUUAGAGGAAUCAGAAGCAAGAGACCCUAUCAUUUUCGCCACGGGCGUGGGGAAGGUCCGGUUCUACAUGUUUACCAACGAGGAAGAAAUAUCUAGGAGCACUCGUGAUGUUCAAAAUGAGAAGCCCACAGGGGACGGCAAGAAGACGAAAGCAGGGCGAGAAAAGCAAAAAGAAACAGGUACUGCGGCUAUCAUACACACCUCCUAUGGCGACAUCCACAUCCGCCUCUUCCCGGAUGCUGCACCAAAAGCAGUGGAAAACUUUGUGACGCAUUCCAAAGGAGGCUACUACAACAACACGAUCUUUCAUCGUGUCAUCCGGAAAUUCAUGAUCCAAUGUGGAGAUCCGUUAGGAGACGGUACGGGCGGCGAGAGUAUCUGGGGCAGGGAGUUCGAGGACGAAUUCAGUAGUUUGAAGCAUGACAAGCCCUAUACGGUGAGCAUGGCCAACGCUGGGCCGAAUACGAAUGCCAGCCAAUUUUUUAUCACAACUGAAAAGACGCCAUGGCUUGACAACAAGCACACUAUUUUCGGUCGAGCUGUUCAGGGACUGGAUGUGAUACACAAGAUCGAGAAUGCCCGGACCCACAAGGAGAGGCCGGAAGAGGAUAUCAAAAUCCUGAACAUCGACAUUGUAUAG